AUGAAGAAAACCUUAAUAACAUUCUUGUUGUUGAUGGUUAUGGUUAUCUCUACGAAAAUAGAAGCAUCAGAGCUUAGAACUCAAGGUAUAUUUAUAUAAAAUAUCAGGGAUGACCUAUACUGAAGCAUAAAAUCUAGAUGUUUCUCAUUUAAAUUGCCACACUGAUUUUGAAUAUAUAAUAGGAGAGUUGGCAAGAUGGGUUGAUAUUAUAGAUAAUAGAGAACAAUUAAUCAAGGAUCUUGCAAUAAUUAAUUAAGUUAUAAGCAUAGUAGAAAAAGCCAAAGGUACAAUAUCAGUGAUUCACUAAACAAUGCUAGUGCAAAUAUAAAAUAAAGUGAGCAAAUCACUAUAAAGUAUAUUUACAUAAAACAAAUGGGCAGCUUGUAAGGUAGAAGAUGCUCUUGAAUAUGUUGCUUAAUUAAAUAGCACUUAAAGUAUUAAUUAUGAAUCUAAAUUAGCAAAUGAGGAGAAGAUAGCUUUAGCAAAUAAAAUCAUAGAUCAUUUGAGAUAGACUUAAGAAUAAAUACACUAAUAUUUAAAUUAAUGCUAAUAUGCAAAACGUACUCAAGGUUUGAGAUAAAAGAUAAGUUAGAUUCAAACAUUAAAAAGAGUAUGUGAUCAAGAAAUAAAAAAACCAACUAUAAUUAUAGAUAAUGAUCCUGAUGAUGAAGUGAUAAAUUUUGAUGAAGAACCAGAAGAAAUAGUUUAUUAUUAUUUUGAAGAAGAAGAUAUUGAAACUCCUCCUGAUUACAUUUAUCAUGAACCUUAGCAUUAUACAUAUCCAACUUAUUAGGAUGAAACUAAAAAACCAUAAAAAAAAUAAGUUAAGAAGAUAGUGCCAAAAGAAAUAGUUGAAGAAAUUAAAGGAAAUAAGAAAUAUGUAGCAUUAGGACAUGAAAUCGAAGGUGAAGGAAAGGAGAGUGUUGAUGAAUAAUAAAAUUAAUAAGAAGAGGCAGAAUUAGUAGUGUAGGCAGCUAAAGUUAGUAAGAUUGAAGGUCUAAAUAAUGAUGAAGAUGAUAGUGAAAAAACAGAUACUGAUAAAGUUAAAGGUGAAGGAGAAUCUAAAGAAUAAAAAAAUGGAGAGGAAACUCAAGAAAAUAAGGAAACAGAAUAAUAAUAAGUAAUAGUUGAAACUCAUGAUAAACCAUUAAAAUAAGUUGAAUCAGAAACUAAAGAAAAUGUGACUGUUGAUGAAUCUAAAAAUGGAAAUGCUGAUGAAGAUACUACCGAAGUUAAAGUUAACACUAAUAAUAAGACUGAAGAAACUGUUGAUGAAACCAUCGAAACAAAAGAUACAAAUAAAAAAGAAUCGACUGAGGAAUCAUCAUAAGAAUCUUCAGAAACAGUAACCACUCAAAAAUCAGUUUCAAGUACAUAGGAAAAAUAAAAUACAUAAUCAGAAACAAAGGUAGAAGAUGCUUCAGAUGAAAAUUUAGAUUAAAAAUCUACUUAAGAUGGCAAUAAUUAAACAACAGAUAAGGAUGAAGAUAUAGUUGUUGAUAAUGAAUCUAAAAGUUAGGAUGAUAAAAAAGAUGUUUAAAUUGAAUAAUCAAAGGUUGAAAAAGUUGAUGAACAUAAAAAUGAUGAUUAAAAAUAAGAGGGUGAAGUAAAAUAAGAAGGCGAAUAAAAAGAACAGGGUGAAGUGAAAUAAGAAGGUGAAGUAAAAGAAGAGAGUGAAGUGAAAUAAGAGAUUGAAGUGAAAUAAGAAGGUGAAGUAAAAGAAGAGAGUGAAUAGAAAGAAGAAGGUGAAUAGAAAUAAGAAGGUGAAGUGAAAUAAGAUGGUGAAUAGAAAUAAGAAGGUGAAGUAAAAGUAGAAGGUGAAGUAGAAGGUGAAGUGAAAUAAGAAGGUGAAUAGAAAGAAGAAGGUGAAGUUAAAUAAGAAGGUGAAGUUAAAUAAGAAGGUGAAUAGAAAUAAGAAGGUGAAGUUAAAUAAGAAGGUGAAGUAAAAGAAGAAGGUGAAUAGAAAUAAGAAGGUGAAGUGAAAUAAGAAGGUGAAGUGAAAUAAGAAGGUGAAUAAAAAUAAGAUGAAGAUCACAAAAAAGAAGCACCUAAAAACUAAGAUGAUGAAAAGAAUUAAAAAAAAUAAAAGUCUAGUGAUGAUCGAUCAUUAAAAAUAUAAUCAUUAAGAGAAGAUCCCAAUCCAAAUGAACCAACAUAGUUUUAACCACCAAAACAUAGAGCUAAUUCAGGUCGUGUUUAAGAAAGAAAAGUUGUAGCAGUGAAUACAAAAUACUAGCAUUCUGAUUUUGAUGGUGAACCUACUGAAUAAUUUGAAUUUAUUGAUAGAGCAUUACUUCAAGACUCUUCUGAAUAUGGAUAUGGAUAUUGGGUGAGAUAUGCAGAACAUGGAGUUAAGGAGCAUAUUAGAGAAGAUGGAGAAUACUAUUUCUUAUCUAGAAUGACCAUAAACGAGGAAUAUGAAGAUUUUUCAUUUUAUGGAGACAGAGCUUUGGCAGUAUUCAUGUUUGAUAAUUCUUUUGUAUUCAGCACAUAUGAUACUAGUGAGAAAUUGAAGACAAAAGAUAAAGCAGUAGUUUUAAAUGAAAAUAUGGAUAGUAUGUGGUAUUUUGUUAUGUUCUCUUACAGUAAUCCAUUAAGAAAAGCUGUGGGUUAUAUUGUGAGUUAUGGGGAAGGCAAUGGAAUCUAUAGAGUAGAAAUAGAGGCUACACACAUUCCACCUUCAUAUAUAAAAAUCAUAUUUGGUGGUAAGCACUUGGGUUAUAAUGGAUUAAAUGGACAAUUUGCCAAUAUUUUCUUUGAUAUUGAUGCUCCAGCUUUUGUAGAUGGAGAUGAAGCAUUAGAUGAAGUCUUGAAAACUUUGAGUAAUCCUCCUUAAAGUGUACCUGCAAUGAUUGAUGAAACUGUUAUAUAGAAACCUAAACAUUUGAAUGGAAAUGAUAAAGGGGAACAAUAUCAUUUUGAUCCACAAGAAUCUUAAUUAAUUAUAGAAGAAUAUGCUGUGGGUUUAUGGUUUAGAUGGAUAGAUGAUUUAAAAGUGGAUGAACCAAAUACCUUUUAGAUAAUUAAUUUGAGAUCAAACAAAGUUAAAACUGCAGGAAAAGGAGUUUUAGGUGAUAGAGCAUUAGAAAUACAUCAUACUUAUGGUGGUGGUGCUAAGAGUACAAUAUAUUUUAAUACCUAUACAAUUAAGGGUAAUAGAGCUAAAGGAUAACCUUAUUUAUCAAAGACUGUUGAAAGUGUUGAAUUCAUUUGGACUUAUGUAUAUUUUGGAUAUGAUAAUGAUGGAGGACGUGCCUAUGGUGCAGUGAUUAAACCAGGACUAGUAGGAGAAAUCAAAUAUGAAGGUAUCUAACACAAACUAGUCAACAGUUUGAGUGUUACUUUAGGUGGUGAUAAUGUUAUAUCUCCAUUUAAUGGUAUGAUUGGAUAUGUUGGUAUUUAUCUUGGAACAGGAGCAUACAGAGAAGGAUUAGGAUUUGAAAUGACAUUUAAUUAUGGUGAAGGAGUUAUGGGAGUCUAUUAAGUUGGUAAACCAGUCACUUAUAUUGCAGGAGAUGCUAAUUAAGCCAAAUAUGUAGCAUAUGAUGCUGCAGAAAAUGUUGUGGAUAAGAUUAUUAUUCAUAAUGAGGAAGGAAUGAGAAUUAAUGGAUAGAGUGAAUAUGGUUUUGGAUUAUGGACUAGAUGGUUGAGUACAUUGCCUAAAUAUUUGAAUAAGAGAGCUCCAAUACAUACUAUUGCUAGAAUGGGUACUUAAGGUUAUGUUAUUGAAUCUAUUGAUGGUAAAUUAGUAAGAUCUAAUGCUAACAGACCAAAUACUCCUAAAGAUAAUACUUUAUCAAUAUCUUUAACUCCAGAUUCUUAUGAAUUUUAAACAUUGGAGUUGAAAGAUGAUAUUGAAUUUUCUUAAUUAGAAGGACAUUGGAAUUAUGUCUACUUUGGAUAUAUUCGACAUGGUGAUUAGGGAUUAGCUAAGGGUUAUGUUUAAUUUGGUGUUGAUGGUGAAGUUGAUGAAGUUAUCUUUGAUACUUUCCAUGAUUAUUUACUUGAGUAUGUAGAAUUCAUUGUUGGCAAAACAUCAGCUCCAUUGUUUAAUGGUGAAAUGGCAAGAAUAUCAUUUUCAUUUGGACCUGGAUCAUUUAUACACACAAUUGAAACUUUGAAAAUCUUUACUUAGAAUACUCUUCCAGAAAAGGCUUAGAUUCAUCCAGUAGCAAGAUAAACAUUACAAUUAGUAGGAGCACCUUAAUAAAUUAAAGAGGAGCCAAUUUAGUUUGAAUUUGACAAGUAUUAAGGAGCAGAAGAAUAUGCUAUUUCUGGAUGGGUUAAAUGGAAUGGUCCAUUAGUUACUGGCAAAGUAUCCCAUCUAAUUACAAUGGCUUAAAAGAGAUUAGAGGAUUUAGAUGGUAAAAAUGAAGAAACUUUACAAAUAAUCAGAGGAGAUUAGGCAUUUACUUUCGUUACUUAUAGUCAAAAUUUAGGUGAAUACAAAUUAGUUACUUAAGAUGAAGCUUAUGGAGAAUAUGCUGAUUAAUGGACAUAUAUUUAUUAUGGAUUUUCUUAAUAGAAACAGUAAACUUAUGGUUAUUUGAAAUAUACAUUUACAGAAAGUGAAUUUAGAUAAGAAAAAGUUAAUCAUUUUUAUUUGGCUGUGUUCUCAGUAUUAAUUUAAGAGAAAUAACAAUAUACAUAAUUUAUUGGUCAAAUUAAAACAUGGGUUAUUAAUAUUGGAGAUGGAGCAUUCAGAGAGGGAGGAUUUGAUGAAAAUGAAAAUAUUAAAGUUCAUUUUGGAUUCAUAAGUGGAACUGAUCAUAUUAAGUUACAAUAAGCUGGAUAAGAAGCACAUCAUGAAGAGACUAUUUUAGAAUGUUCAUCAUAAAGUGAUGAAGUACCUUUACAUAUAGAAUUCUAAUAAAGUGAUAAGUUACAUUUACAUGGUGUUAGUGAAUAUGGUUAUGGCUAUUGGGUUAAAUUCUAAUAUUUUGCAAAUAAGAAUACUAUAUAUAGUCGACCAUAAUUAAUGGGGUUAAGCAGACUUACUAGCAAUCAAGAUUAUAAAGAUUUUGAUAAUCCAGGAGACAGAGUUCUUUUGGUUUUAUUAGGAAAACAAUCCUAUCAUUUUGGAACAUAUGAUGUCAUCACUAAAUCAAAUAAUGUGGCUGGAGAUAUUCCUUAUUAAAUUGACUCUGAAAGUGAAUGGACAUAUAUUUAUUUCAGUUUUAAAAGAAUUUCUUAAACCUAAGGACAUGCNUUGGAUAUAUUCGACAUGGUGAUUAGGGAUUAGCUAAGGGCUAUGUUUAAUUUGGUGUUGAUGGUGAAGUUGAUGAAGUUAUCUUUGAUACUUUCCAUGAUUAUUUACUUGAGUAUGUAGAAUUCAUUGUUGGUAAAACAUCAGCUCCAUUGUUCAAUGGGGAAAUGGCAAGAAUAUCAUUUUCAUUUGGACCUGGAUCAUUCAUUCACACAUCUGAAACUUUGAAAAUCUUUACUUAAAAUACUCUUCCAGAAAAGGCUUAGAUUCAUCCAGUAGCCAGAUAAACAUUAUAAUUAGUUGGAGCUCCUUAAUAACUUAAGGAGGAACCAAUUUAAUUUGAAUUUGACAAGUAUUAAGGAGCAGAAGAGUACUCUAUUUCUGGAUGGGUCAGAUGGAGUGGACCAUUAGUUACUGGCAAAGUUGCUCAUCUCAUAACAAUGGCUUAAAAGAGAUUAGAUGAUUUAGAUGGUAAAAAUGAAGAAACUUUACAAAUAAUACGAGGAGAUCAAGCAUUUACUUUCGUUACUUAUAAUCAAAAUUUAGGUGAAUACAAAUUAGUUACUUAAGAUGAAGCUUAUGGAGAGUAUGCUGAUUAAUGGACAUAUAUUUAUUAUGGAUUUUCUUAAUAGAAACAGUAAACUUAUGGUUAUUUGAAAUAUACAUUUACAGAAAGUGAAUUUAGAUAAGAAAAAGUUAAUCAUUUUUAUUUGGCUGUGUUCUCAGUAUUAAUCUAAGAGAAAUAACAAUAUACAUAAUUUAUUGGUCAAAUUAAAACAUGGGUUAUUAAUAUUGGAGAUGGAGCAUUCAGAGAGGGAGGAUUUGAUGAAAAUGAAAAUAUUAAAGUUCAUUUUGGAUUCAUAAGUGGAACUGAUCAUAUUAAGUUACAAUAAGCUGGAUAAGAAGCACAUCAUGAAGAGACUAUUUUAGAAUGUUCAUCAUAAAGUAGUGAAGUGCCUUUACAUAUAGAAUUCUAAUAAAGUGAUAAGUUACAUUUACAUGGUGUUAGUGAAUAUGGUUAUGGCUAUUGGGUUAAAUUCUAAUAUUUUGCAAAUAAGAAUACUAUAUAUAGUCGACCAUAAUUAAUGGGGUUAAGCAGACUUACUAGCAAUCAAGAUUAUAAAGAUUUUGAUAAUCCAGGAGACAGAGUUCUUUUGGUUUUAUUAGGAAAACAAUCCUAUCAUUUUGGAACAUAUGAUGUCAUCACUAAAUCAAAUAAUGUGGCUGGAGAUAUUCCUUAUUAAAUUGACUCUGAAAGUGAAUGGACAUAUAUUUAUUUCAGUUUUAAAAGAAUUUCUUAAACCUAAGGACAUGCAAUGGCAUUCACUCAUUAUAAAGAUACAACAUCAGGCAUUCAAAUGGAUGUGAUGCACUCAUUAUUAAAUAACUAUUUGUAAUUGACUGUUGGUAAUGCAGGAAAAUAUUAUUCAAAUUUUAAUGGAUAAAUAACCACAAUCAGAUUUAAUCUUGGUCCAGGUGCCUAUAUUGAUAACAAAUAAGGUUUGUUAUAAAGAAUUAAAAAUAAAGAUGUUAUGCCUGAUAUCUUGGCUCCAUCCAAAAAGUAUGAGGUUUUGAUUGGAAAACAUGAUGUUACAAAGAUCGAAGAGGAUUAACACAUUACACACAUAAAUGAAGAGGCUAGAGAAUAUUCAAUUUAAUUAUGGUUCAGAUGGUUCAAAUUACCAGUCAAAACUUAAUAACUUAUCUAUAGAUUCACUUCUUCAAAUCCAGAUUCGUUAGGAGAUGCAUAAAAAAUAGGAGAUAGAACUUUGGCUCUAUUCCAUACAGAUGGUAUAGAAUUCAGUACUUAUAAUUUAAAUCCCCUAUCUUUGUAGAACACAUAUGAAGCAAUGAUCCCAUAACAAUAAUUAGAAGUUUGGACAUUUGUAUAUUUUGGUUAUUCCAAACAUCAUUAGAAAAUUAGUUACUAUUUAUUAGCUGAUGAUGAUGAACAUAAAGGUUUAGAAUAAGCUUUACAUGCUGUUUCCACUAACUAUUGGUUGUUCUUAGUAAAGGAUGCAAUGACAAAACCAUUCGAUAGUAGAUUAGCUUAAGUUAUAUUGAAUAUAGGAGAUGGCAGUUAUAGAGAAGAUAACUUCAACACUCUUUAAGUUUAUUUGGCAGCACCUAAAUUGUUUAGUUCUGAUAGUAAAUUCGAUUGGGAAGCAGAUGAUACUAUAACAUUGGUUUCAGGGGAUCCAGAAAAAUAAGGUAUGAAAAUUACAUUCUCUGAACCUGAUAGAAAAAUAGAGAGUGUUUAGGAAUAUUCUGUUGGUUUAUGGACUAGAUUCUUGUAAGCAUGGCCAGAGAGAUAAUGGCAUACUCCAUCUGAAAUGUAGAUCUUAAGAUUAACUUAUAAUGAUGAAGUAGAUCAUGGAAAAAUUGCUAUUGGAGAUAGAGUUCUAAAUGCAUUGGUUGUCUUAGAUAAUUAUUAAUUUGGUACUUAUGAUUUGAAUGAUGAUGCUCCUAAUGAAAUAAGCACUAUUCCUUAUAAUCAUUUGGAAGGAAGAUGGCAUUAUAUAUAUCUUGGUUAUAAGAGAUAAUUGUAAUAAGCAAACUACUUUGUAUUUGAUGGAGAAGAAAUUAAACAUGCUACAAAUGAAAAAUUAUUACAUAAACCACUUGGAGAUUAUAUUCAUUUAAUUUUGGGAGGAGAAAAGGAUGUAGCUCCAUUCUAAGGUCUAUUUACUGAAGUAGCAGCUCACUUUGGAGUUGGAUCAUUCAUUUUAUCAGGUGAAGAAUUAAUGAAAUCUAUUGAUACUAGUUUUGCUUUACCUUAAGAAUUAACUGUAGAUUAUAUCCAUAAACAAAAACAUGGUUAACAAUAAUUAAUUGGUGAAAGUGAUAAUAAUGAAGGAAGUGAGAGUACUGGAGAUACUUGGAGUGGUGUAGGAGAAUAUGCUAUUUCUGGUUGGUUUAAGAUUGCUGAAACUUAAGUUAAGAAAGAAGGAGAAAUUAAUUCACCUUGCUAAAUAUUAUUUAGAAUUACUAAUAAUGAUAAAGAACAUUUAAGUGAUCGUAAAUCAUAGGGUGAUAGAGCAUUACAUGCUUAAAUAUGUACAAGUGAUACAGUUAAAUUGAGUACAUAUACAAUGAAAGGACUUAAAGAUUGGAAUGAGGCUAAAUUCUUAGAGGAGAAAGUUGAACUUGGAAAUUCAAAGAAAGCAUGGGCAUAUUUAUAUAUGGCUUAUAAUGAAAAUGCUGGUGAAGUUCAAACUUUAUUACAUCUAUUUGAAGAAGAUAAACCAGUUAUUUUCAAAGGAGUUUAACAUUUUGUUCCUCAUUUUAUAGGAAUCUAUGUAGGUAAGGAUCCACAUAGUAGAAGAUUUUAAGGAGAAUUAUAAAAAUGGGUAGCUCAAUAUGGUUAAGGAGCAUUUGUUGAUGUAAUGAAGAAAGGUUAUGAAGAUACUUUACCUAACUUUAGACAUAUUCAGAUUAAUUAAAAAUAUUUAUGGUUUGAAAAAGAAGAUAGAAUUAUUUAAGCACCUGAAAAGGUAGAAUAAACAUUUACUUCAGAAACAGAAUCAGUUGAUGAAUAUGCAGUUGGUGUUUGGACAAGAUGGUUAAUAGCAUUCCCUACUACUUUAACUGAUAGAGCAGAUGUUCACACUAUAUUCAGAUUCUCAAGUACUCGUCAAUAUUAAGAUAAGAGUGAAUUAGGUAAUAGAGUCUUAUCUGCCUUCUUAACAAAAGGAAAUUAUGAAUUUAGUACAUAUGAUGCAUCUAAACCUACUAAUGCAGUUGAUGCAUAAUUACCUUAUGAAAAUAUUGAAGGUGAAUGGACUUAUGUUUAUGCUGCUUAUAAGAAUAAGAAUUUCUAUGGUAUGGUCUUAUUUAAGGAUCAAUAAAAGGCUGCCCAUUUAAAUAUUGAAGUGACUCAUCAAGUUUUAACUGGUUAUGCUCAUUUUGUUUUAGGAGCUAAUGAAUUUGGAUAUAAAGCAUUCCAUGGAUGGUUCUAUGAUCCAAGAAUAUUUUUAGGUGCUGGAAGCUACAUCAGUGAAUCUUAAAAAGUUGUAGAGAUGAUUCAUAAAUUACACAGAAAAUUACCAAUUACACCUUAAUAAGCAGAGGAUUUCAAAUGGCCAGUAUCUUUAUUGGAUACAACUAAUCAAGAUGAUCUUGAUUCUAAAAAGGAUAAAUUGAAUUUUGAAUUUACAGACAAAGCAGAAAUGUAAUCUUAUAGUAUUGGAUUCUGGUUCCAAAAUGCCAUGUUACUUCCUGAAAUGGAAAAUGAUUUCACUGCUUUAGUUAGAUUAACUACUAAUGGACCAGAUCUUGCAGCUGAUGAUAAGUUUAUUGGAGAUAGAACCUUAGCUCUCUUUACAAAAACAGAUAAAUUGAUGGCCAGUACUUACACAAUUAAAGAUCCAUCAUUUGAACCAUUGUCUCAUACUUUUGAUAUUAAAGAACAUUAAUGGACUUUUGUGUAUUUUGGAUAUGAGAAUCAUCAUGCUAGAGCUUAUGUACUCACUCCUAAAGGACCAACUGAAAAGAUUUUCAUUGCUUAACAUAUUAUUCCUAAUACAUUUUACUUAAGAGUUGUUAAUGAUCUAGGCCAUCCAUCUUUUUGGGUAAAUUAUAAUUGUUAUAUUUAUAGGGUAAAAUAUAUGGAUUGAAGGCUAAUUUUGGUGAAGGUAGUUAUCUUGAAAAUCCUCUAGAAUUAAUUGAUAAAUGGCCAUAUGAUCCAAAGUAACAUUCUGAUAUUGAUAAAUAAGGAGAAAAAGUCUUAUGUAUUUAUAUAUAUUAUAAUAAUAGCUAUUAAUUCUGCUAAAGUUACAAAAUAAAAGAAUGAUGAUGCUAAAGAAUGAG